UGGUUAUUCAGUAAUCUAGAUUAACUGCAGUCAAUGUCUAACACAGUAGAUAAUAUUACAGGUCACUCAUCAAUGCUUAGAGUGAAUGUUAGUUAACACUAUUAUAAUUUAAAAUAAGUGCGUAUUUCUAACACGUUAAUAUUGGACCUUAGUUGCUUCAAAAUGUGGAACCAGAUUGUUUUUCUGUUGUGUUUGUUUAUAGCUGGACAAUGUCAAGAAACACCCCUAACGCCCGCAGAAGUUUCCCAAAUUUCGAAAGGGGAAGAGAAGAUGAGCGAAUAUAUCCUCCAGCUGUUGGAACAUUUUAAACAGCCCGAUCCUGUGGGGCUCCCAGGAGCAAAAGUUCCUGAUCCGUACAUGAUCCCAGAUAACAAGCAGUCAACUUCCUUCGGAACGAUGUACUUUAAGAAAACUGGAGUUCACGGAAUUAGUAAAUUUCGAAUUUUGUACGUAAACGUUGACAUAGCGGAAAUGAAGGUGGUGGCAGGCUUGUCGAUGGAUAAACUUCAAGCUCGAGGCGAUUACACGAUGUCCACCUGGCUAAACAAAGUGCAAGGACCCUAUACAGUGGACAUAACAGGACUAAAACUAAGUGCUCUUGCCACGCUAGGUGUCGAAAGAGAUGGAAAAAUCCGAGCCCAAAAUAUGAUCAUCGAUAUCGGCUUCAACAGUAUCGUUAUGGAUUUUCAAAAUGCAGGCUUUCUGGGCGGGAUGUUACAAGGCCUCGUCAAUACUAUGGGCCCCGUUCUCUUCGAUUCUAUUAAACCGUUCAUCCUAAAAGAGGCGUACACAAAGGCGAGGGAAGAAAUCAAUAAGAAAAUAGAGGAGAUAUCUGGGGACAUGCAGUUUCCAAAUUCUAUAUCGCCCUUGGACAUGUUGAUCGUUGACGUUAGGAAAAGGGUAAGGGAAAUGGACCUGGAUCCGUACAGAGUAAAAAAUUAUAAUACCACCAUGAGCAUAUUCACGGUCACACUCACCGACACCUGGAUAAUCGGCAUCUCGUCCUUUCAACGAGUCGGUAACAUAACAUUGAAGUUAGUGAAUAAUACAGUAAUAGCGGACUUCGAAAUAGGCACCCAGAAACUGGAGGGGAUAACGCACUGGGAGAUAUCGGCGGUCGGUGGUCUAGUGUCCAGGGCUGGAAGUUCUUCGUUCUCGGUCGACUACAUCAGUGGUAGAAUAGUUCUAGGGCAACCCUUGGAUACACGAAAAAAGCCAGAAUUCAGGAAUUUAGAGCUAGACAUAGGAAAUAUUCAGGUUCGCUUCGACGGAGCAGGGACGUUAGAUUAUUUAAUAGAAUUUAUAAUAAACGUCCUUCCAAAUAUAUUAAGGUAUCAAAUUGUAGACGCUCUAGAAGGUCCCUUACAAGAAAAAGUUCAGCAGGAGCUCAACAGAAUGAACGUUGAAGAAAUGAUUAAAGAUGAAUUGCCCAAGGUGGACGAAAUGGAGGAAGCCGGCUUUAAGUUGUCAGCUCUUCAGCCGCAAACUGUCGAAGAACCUUAUGACGAAGAUGAAUUCUUUAACUUCUAAAUAAAGAAAAUUUAACCAAUUUUAUAGGUCUACAC